GGGCUCAGCCGCCCGCCUGCCACUCAGAAGCUGCCAAGCCGCCGCCGUGCUCCGGGCCGCACGCACCCAUGGGUGCCGUCAGGGAUGCGAAGCCUCCGUGGUCCUGCCACCCCAGUGCAGGUUUCCAUUCCGCGGAGGCCCCUGAAAGAUCGGGUGAAGCGCAACGGAGCCGGGUCACAGCCUAAAAGCUCUCCAAGUGCAUGUGGCGUAGGGAGCGCACGGGGUUUUCUGGCAACUCUUCACAUUUGCGGAGGGACUCCCGGCGCACGAGAGUGGUGCUCAGCAUGGCCGGGAUUCCAGGGCUCUUCCUUUUCCUCCUCCUCCUCCUCAUCUGUGCUGUCGGGCAGGGGAGGCCCUACGGUGCCCACUGGAAACCCACUUGGCCCACUUACCGCCUCCCUGUCGUCUUGCCCCAGUCCACCCUCAGCUUAGCCAAGCCAGACUUUGAGGCUGAAGCCAAACUGGAAGUGUCCUCCUCAUGUGGACCCCAGUGUCAUAAGGGGACUCCGCUGCCCACUUAUGAAGAGGUCAAGCAGUACCUGUCUUAUGAAACGCUCUAUGCCAAUGGCAGCCGCACAGAGACACAGGUGGGCAUUUAUGUCCUCAGCAGUGGCAGGGGUGAGUCUUCUGGAAAGUCUCGGAGGAAGCGGCAGAUUUACGGCUAUGACAGCAGAUUCAGCAUCUUUGGGAAGGACUUCCUACUCAACUACCCUUUCUCAACCUCGGUGAAGUUAUCUACAGGCUGCACCGGCACCCUGGUGGCAGAGAAGCAUGUCCUCACAGCUGCGCACUGCAUACACGAUGGGAAAACCUAUGUGAAAGGAACCCAGAAGCUUCGAGUGGGCUUCCUGAAGCCCAAGUUUAAAGAUGGUGGCCGAAGGGCCAAUGACUCAAGCUCAGCUGUGCCCGAGAAGAUGAAAUUUCAGUGGAUCCGGGUGAAACGCACCCAUGUGCCCAAGGGUUGGAUCAAGGGCAAUGCCAAUGACAUUGGCAUGGAUUAUGACUAUGCCCUCCUGGAACUCAAAAAACCCCACAAGAGAAAGUUCAUGAAGAUUGGAGUGAGCCCUCCAUCCAAGCAGCUGCCAGGGGGCAGAAUCCACUUCUCUGGUUAUGAUAACGAUCGACCUGGCAAUUUGGUGUACCGCUUCUGUGAUGUCAAAGAUGAGACCUAUGACCUGCUCUACCAGCAGUGCGAUGCCCAGCCUGGGGCCAGUGGGUCAGGAGUCUAUGUGAGGAUGUGGAAGAGACAGCAGCAGAAGUGGGAGCGAAAAAUUAUUGGCAUCUUUUCAGGACACCAGUGGGUGGACAUGAAUGGCUCUCCCCAGGAUUUCAACGUGGCUGUUAGAAUCACCCCUCUCAAAUAUGCCCAGAUUUGCUAUUGGAUUAAAGGAAACUACCUGGAUUGUAGGGAGGGCUGACAUGGUGUUCCUUCCUGGUGGCACUUAAUGGUCUUCAUGUACUUAUUUUCGGAGAGGCCAGAUUUUGUCAUUGGUGUGUGUGUGGAUGAGCAGAUGUGUAUAAUGCGUCAAAUACCUUUUAUCUAAUUUUUUAAAAUUGCAA